UAGGCUUUGGAUGAGGCGCGCCAAAACCCCUGCAACUACCAACUACCUCCAAUGGCCUUCCCUCUCUCCUCCGCCACACUCUCUCACAAGUUUUCUUUCAAUGUCUCCAUCCCUUCUUUCACUUCGAAGCAGUCUUUUCUCUCUACCCAUUUGCCCAUUCCACUGACCUCACCCAGACCCCUUCGCCCAAUUUUCUCCAAAAAUCCUAUCCUGGAAUUUACAGACCGGCUUGAUGUUCCCACUAUGGCCUGUAUCCCAACACAGGAUCAUGGACCGAGGAAAGUUGAGAGCAUUAUUGCAGCAAUCCUUAUUUUUGUUCAAAUCUCAUCUCCUCUACCUAUAGUUGCUUGGGAUUCAAUGUCUAUAUCUCCUGCAAAGGCGGUGCUUUAUUCGCCAGACACCAAAGUUCCAAGAACAGGAGAACUUGCUUUAAGAAAGGCUAUCCCGGCAAAUACAAACAUGAAAGCUAUACAGGAUUCACUGGAGGAAAUCUCAUACUUACUAAGGAUUCCACAAAGAAAGCCAUAUGGAACCAUGGAGGGUAAUGUGAAGAAAUCUCUAAAGAUUGCAAUGGAUGAAAAGGAGUCUAUCUUGGCAACUCUACCCCCAGACCUGAAGGAAAAGGGUUCCACACUGUAUGCAUCUCUGAUAGAUGGGAAGGGUGGACUGCAAGCCCUCCUUCAAUGUAUAAAAGAUAAAGACCCAGAUAAAGUAUCAGUAGGCCUUGCAUCUUCACUGGAUACUGUUGCAGAACUGGAGUUGUUACAGGCUCCAGGUUUGUCAUUUUUGUUACCUGAGCAGUACUUGAAAUAUCCAAGGCUUGUUGGGAGAGGAAUUAUUGAAUUUACCAUUGAAAAAGGAGAUGGUUCGUCAUUUUCUCCAGAAGCUGGUGGUGAAUCAAGAAAAACUGCCACAAUUCAGGUUGUUAUAGAUGGAUAUUCAACACCACUGACAUCGGGGAAUUUUGCAAAACUGGUGAUUGAUGGGGCAUAUGAUGGGGCAAAGCUCAACCUUAUCAAUCAAGCUAUUCUAUCGGACAACAAAAACAUUGGUUAUAGCCUUCCCUUAGAAAUAAUGCCAUCUGGUCAAUUUGAGCCCCUGUACAGAACAACACUAAAUGUGCAGGACGGGGAGCUGCCAGUGCUUCCACUCUCUGUUUAUGGAGCGGUUGCUAUGGCACACAGUGAAACCUCUGAUGAGUACUCGUCACCAUUCCAGUUUUUCUUCUAUCUCUAUGAUAAAAGAAGCGCUGGCUUAGGGGGCCUGUCCUUUGAUGAAGGUCAAUUUUCAGUCUUUGGUUACACAACUGCUGGGAGAGAAACUCUUUCUCAGAUUAAAACAGGAGAUAUAAUUCGAUCUGCAAAGCUUGUGGAAGGUCGAGAUCGCCUCAUAUUGCCAGAGGAAAGUUGAUCUGCUCUGCUGCCAAAUCGGCUACCAUUCUUUGCAUUGACCUGAUUUUCUUUGCAGGUUGAGUAACCAAGUUUCUAUUUCUUGUUUCUUCCUUUCCUUUUUCAUCAUUGUGAUUAUGGUUUGUUGGAUUUUCUUCCAUUAAAUUGGGUGGAGUGGAAUUUGGCAUACCAGCCCAAAGGUUUGGAAGCUUUGUAACUGAUGAUUCUGUUAUCUCAUAAUCACAUUGGAUUUACAAAAUUGUUGGCUAUGUUAUUACCA